CUUGACAUGUAUUAUUGCGACAACUCGAAGCCAGUUCAGACGGACAGGGAGGUGUCAGAUGACGGGGACCGGGCCCACUGGCAGGCUAACAAGCCGCAAGCUAGGGCCACCGCCUCACCAGACUACUACUGGCAGUAUCCAUCUUCCCCGGCCUUCCAAGACUCCUCAAGCUUCGAAGCGAUCCUCCAAGAAGCGGCCGCCGAAUCUUGAUGGCGUUGGAGGCUUCAUCCUGUCCAGCCGGAACAAUCUGGCAAAUCCGCCCAAACAUUUCCUUUGCUACACCCACAAGUCUCUGCUCUUACGACCAAGGAAAGAAAGACUUCUACAAAAAGACGGCACAUACAUGAAUGAACAAAUACCUUAGACUGUGGCCACAAAUAAACCUCGUGCCUCAGUGUGUGCCUUACAGUAAUGCCAUGACGCACUGGCAGCCUACCUAGGUCCCAACUAUAAUAAGGCCCGACCCUGAUCCCACAAGUGCCGCACUCACAUCGGGGCCUCCGCCGUCAAGAGGAUGGGAUAGAGGGUGUCCUUUGAUCUCUCCUUGGGGAUCCUUUAUACGCCCCUUCAACACAGUGUCAUGAAAACUACGAUUGGGGCUUCGUUGCCAGUAUGGCCGUGGCACUGGCACUGGCCAGAUAAAGACGCGGGCACGGUACCUUGAUUCCAGGGCUGAUCUCGGGCGCCCCCCCAAAAACGGCCUCCGCCGAAACUCUUAUGCAGUUUAGGUUGCUGCGUCGAAGACAACCCGCAAGCUUCUAGAAGGGCGGCCGAGGGCCCCCAGCUGUUUGCACCUGGGCAAUUGCCACCUUAGGGCCAACCAUUUCUCAUCAACCUGCCGAGGUGGCUUGCGGUGGUAUGCUUUCACCACCAUCAUCCCAGUACACUGGCCGGCAGAUCAGCCAUACAUUUCUUGAGGCUCAUUCUAACAAUGGCAAAUCACGCGAUUGUCCUUCGAGUUCCCCCUCUCCCGAUGCUAAGCGAGUUUCUCAGGUGAACUUUCCACAAACCCCAACUCCCACAUGCCGUCAAUCACUCCCAAUCUAGUGGCUAUCGCGUUGAUUCCCCUUGAUGACUUCUCUUUGUGGAUGAACCAGCCUAUCUCUAUCCAACCCUGUCGCCCAAUGUGUCAGACUACUACAUCGCCCAUCAUAUUCCUUCUGCAGUUUGCCAACCUCAGUUCGCUUCGGCCUCUCCGAACUUGUAUCAGCCUCUACAGCGUCUAUUACUGCCAAUAUUGCCGACCGAGUCUACAUGUCAUCCAGUCUUCCCUCAUAUGCGCCACAAUGAAUGUGUGCUGCUUGAUCGUUCAGAUGGCUGUGGGUGAUACUCAGCCAAGUCCUCGGCUUCUUGACUGCAUCGUACCUCCCACCCCUGAUCUGUCUGAAGGAAGAUCGGAUAACCGCGGACAUGGUACAGUAUUCGACUAUUCGUGUUAUGUACUGCGGACGACAGGCACACAGAGCCGAUCAAAGCUAGUCUGGCGCCGGCAGUGCGAGCCGAACAAAAGAGCCAGCUGAGUCCCUUCAAUUCCUUCCACAGUUGUAGAUGGGGACCCUAUCUCCUGAUCCUGCCAACCCUGACCAGGAAUGGUCACUACAACAUCUCCCUUUUCUGAUCUAUCAUGUGAUAACGAUAUACUGUACAUGUUUGGCUGGCAGCGAUGCUUUACUGUCCUUAUCUCUAUUAUCUCAACUUAUGAAAUCUUAUCACCACUAGGCAGACCCAUUAUCGGACCACUGGGAGUACUGCGCCAUCGAGGUUCCGGCCAGUAGUCCUCCCGUUUCCUCCAGGGCACGGUCUGAGACUGCGAUAUGAAUGAUGUCGGAGACAUUGGCGGUACGACCACGUUGGCUAUGCCCACCCCUUGCUGAUGAUACCUUGUUAUUUCCCGAUACGUGUGCCAUCAUAAGUGGUGACAGGACUGUAUGCGUGGACAUUGUACUUGACUGCCCUGUCGUUGUGGCUGCCUUUGCUGCUGACUACCUAGUUUAUGGGUUCUCAUUUCAAGCAUGGGAUGAUGGCAUUUGAACGAGCAUAGCAGGUAAGCGAUGUCGCCUGCGAGGCUACCUAGGCUAAGAGGGGUAUGCAAGGCUUCAGCAUAAGGUACAGUACUUUGCAUUCAACAGCAUAGAAGUGAUUUGGGGUCCGCCAACCAUUCAAUUUUUCCGUUUUCUGUCAACUAAGGUACAUAUGUGUAAGUCCCGUGAAAAUAUCUGGAUGUGGUCUUUGUGUCCUCUGUGACUCCGUAUGCAACCCGAGCGAUGUUUUCAAAGUUCUGAUUGAAGGGAAAGAACAAAGAUAUCAUCUAUCAAUGCCAUAUGAUGCAACCACGUAAUCGUCUUCCACAAGUUCUUUGAAUACAGUGGCUAUACGCACAAGCGAGACUCUUGGCUGGAAAGGACGGGAGCUGUGGGUAUAUAUGCAUUCGAUUCUGCUCAGGCUCCCUUUCAAAUUUGGAGCGGACAAACUUUUGGUUCAAGUUGUUGUCAAUGUUGGUCUGUAAGGUCUGUCCUUGCACUUAGUGAACAAGAAGUCAUCUGUCCAACAACCAAGUCACAUCACCUCCCUGCAGGUACUAUAACUUGCACGCCCAUUGCAUGUUAAAACACACUGCCACAGGCAGUGCGUGGCACGCACACAUUACUACCUUACGAGU